AUGAAUUAUUUUUCUAAAUACAAGGUUAUUAAAUCUAAUGGGUUGUUUUAUACAAGAAAUGUAAAAUAUGAUAAUUAUUUUAUAAAUAUAAUAAAAAAGAAUCCAGUGAAAAAUAAAAAUGAAAGUUAUAGUUUUAUAAAAUUGUUCUUUCGAAAAUGUAUAAUUUUUUUUAUCAUUUAUUUUUUGUUUAUAAUUCCAUUGAUUGAAGUAAUAUACAAUCAAUAUGAUUAUUCUAGUAAAUCCAUUCAACAUUAUGGUAUUAGAAAUUUAUCAGAGUGUUUUAGAGGUAAAAGUGCGUCGAACGAUGAUUCAGAAAGUAGUAGGUGCAGUAAUUUGUUGAAAGAAAAAAAAAAAACUGAAGAAAAUUCGGAAGAAAUAAGAAAGUAUCUUAGUGAUAAAACCAAAAGAAGAAAUUCUCAAUAUAAAUAUAAAUUAAAGGGUUCUAAAGGAAAAAGUGUAAAAAAUAUUGUAGGGAAUAAAGAAGGUAGUAUACAUGAAAAUGCUGAUUUAUAUAGUGAUGGUGAUGUAGAAUAUGACUAUGGAAAUUUAUUUUACGAUUGUUAUUAUACUGAAGGUUUAAUUGAUCAGGGGGAGGAAAAUGAAGAGGAAAAAUUUUAUGAAGCACGAGAAGAUUUUGAGGGUGAAGAAAAAAACAAAUGUAAGAUAAAAGAAAGUGUAAAAUCAUUUAAAAAAGAAAAGAAUGACUGUAAGGUAGAAAAUGUAGAAAAUAUCAAUUUUGAACGUGUUUAUAGUUGGAAAUUAGGAAAAGAAGCUUUGACGAAAUUAUUAGGAUGUUCUAAUAAAUUAAGUGUAAAUAAUGUGAAAUAUUCUGAUUGGAAAUUCAAAUCUAUUCCAACUGUAGGUUUUUCAAAAGAUGGUGAUAGAAUUCAAGAAAUGUAUAAAGCUUCAGUUUGUUCAUAUACUGAGGAAUGUCAAGGGGAAGUUUAUUUAUUUGUUAAAAAGAUACCUAUAGAGGUAUGGAUAAGACAGUACAACCUGAUGAAUGAUAAUGAUGGAGAAUAUUUAUUAGAUGGGGAAAAUUUUAUUAUGGAAGCAGUAGCCGGCGCUUAUUUAAGCGAGCAUUAUCCUGGACUCACACCUAAAUUGUACAAGAUAUUAUAUGAGCCUGAAUAUGCUAACUGUAAUGAAGAGAAUAAGAAUAUAAGUGAAGAUAAUCAUAAGAAGGAUAGUAAGCAUAAGGGGGAUAGUAAUCACAAAAGUGAUAGUAAUCAUAAAAGUGAUAGUAACCAUAAAAGUGAUAGUAAUCAUAAAAGUGAUAGUAACCAUAAAAGUGAUAGUAACCAUAAAAGUGAUAGUAACCAUAAGAGUGAUCAUAAUCACAAGAGUGAUAGUAAUCACAAGAGUGAUAGUAAUCACAAGAGUGAUAGUAACCAUAAGAGUGAUCAUAAUCACAAGAGUGAUAGUAACCACAUGAGCGAUCAUAAUCACAAGAGCGAUAGUAACCACAAGAGCGAUCAUAAUCACAAGAGCGAUCAUAAUCACAAGAGCGAUCAUAAUCACAAGAGCGAUAAUAAUCACAUGAGCGAUCAUAACCACAAGAGCGAUCAUAAUCACAUGAGCGAUAAUAACCACAAGAGCGAUCAUAAUCACAAGAGCGAUAAUAAUCACAAGAGUGAUCACAAUCACAAGAGCGAUAAUAAUCACAAGAGUGAUAAUAACCACAAGAGCGAUAAUAACCACAAGAGCGAUAAUAAUCACAAGAGCGAUAAUAACCAUAAGAGCGAUCAUAAAAAAAAUAAUAACAAUAAUAGCGAUAAUAAAAAUGACGAUAAUGAUGACAGUGAUGCAAGCGAUGCAGUUGAUAAAGAUAUUGAGAUACUUGAGUCUUAUAGUGAUUUGAAUACAUUUAAUGAGAUGUUAACAGAACAAUUAAAUAAAAAUAAGAAUGGACAUGUUGUUUUGGUUUCUGAAUUAUUUGGUGAAGAUCUAUUUCAAUAUAUUAAUAAAAGGAAUGAAAAUGAAGAAACGCGUGUAAGAGAUGAAGAUAAAAAAAUAAUUAUGUUUGAAUUUUUAAAGUUAUUAAUAAAAUUCCAUAACGCAGGAUUGGUACAUCUUGAUAUAUCUCCUGAAAAUAUAUUGAUAGAAAACAAUGGUGAGUUACGUUUAUGUGAUUUAGCUAAAUGUGCUCCAAUGUAUACACACAAAUUAAGACAUAUUAAAGGAAAUGGAAAUGAUUUGUAUUCAUUUCAAUCUUAUCAGCCUUGUGUUGGAAAAAUCCCAUGUAUUCCAAAAGAGUGUUGGGAUAUUAUUAGAGAACAUAUAAAAUUAAAAAUAGAUAAUCCUUUUGAAUAUUUAUCAACUAUUACUGAUCAAGAAGAAAGAAAAAAAUAUUAUUUUGAUGUACAUUGUGUAGAUAAAUAUAUGCUUGGUAUAUUUUUUAUAUGGAUAUGGAAUUUAAAUUAUAUAUGGAAACGAGCUGACCCACCAAAUGAUAGAACAUUUAAUAAUUUCUUAAAAUAUAAUUUGAAUAUAAAUGUAUUUCAGUUAGCCCAACAAUGGCCUAAAGGUCUCAAAGAUAUAAUUAACACAUUAUUAUGCCUAGAAAGUAGAAUGAAGACAGACUUAAAUGAAUUAACUGAACAUCCAUGGUGGAUUAAUAAAGAUUAA